AUGAUGGUGGACGCCAAUGACACGGCACUUCUUCAAGCCGUUCGCCAGAAUCAGAAGUUUGUCAGCAACCUUUGGGAGGACAAGCACAACAUUCGCUAUUGCUUCGGCUCCUCGCUGACGAACGUGGCGCAGCAGGCUAUGGUGGAGGCCAUCCAGCACUUCAAGAAUAACAUCCCGUGUAUUGGCUUCAAGCAGGUGGCCGUGGGCAACGACACCACGAAGAAGUGUGCGGAGGAGCCCGCGAUCUACAUUGGGAGCUUCAGCAGUGGCUGCUUUGCCCACGUGGGUCAGCCCUACAAGAUCUCAAGCAAUCCGGAUGCUUACACCGACUCCCAGCUAAACCUCGGGAAUGGCUGCGAGACGAUGGGAGUCGCUGCGCACGAGCUGGGCCACAACCUUGGGAUGCUCCACGAGCAAAGCCGUACCGACCACGGCCAGUACGUGAAGAUCCUUUGGGACAACAUCCGCGAGGAUAAACGCCACAACUACGACACCAGCGAGGACGGGGACCGGACGAUGCCGUACGACAUGCUUUCGCUCAUGCACUACAGCGACACGGCCUUCGGGAUUGUCGAUGCCGACGGGACCAAGCUGAAGACCAUGGAGGCCGUGAACUCCCCGAAUGGUUCGACGGUGGUGAUGGGCAACAGGAUGGGCCUUACGCAUCAGGAUGCCAGACAGGUAGGCUCGAUGUACGGGUGUUUGGAGGAGAUUGACCAUUUCAAGCUCUGCACUCCUGACCCAGAAGGCUGCACCAUGGAGGACUGUGGCUGCCACCAGGAGGCCAGUGCCCUGGAUGAAAUCAUCAAGACCACCGACGCCCAAGGCUGCAACCGCUGCCUGAAGAUGUGCCCUAUGCACCCCUAUGGGACUUCCGGUGCCUGUGGCUGCCCAGAAGGUCUGGAACAAG